AUGGGGGUUUUUAUUUGGUGUGUGGUGAUGGUUGGGGUUUUGGGUGGGGGUGUUAGGGGGGGUGUGAUUUUGUUGUUUUUGUUGAUGGGUUGGGUUUUGUUAUGGGUGGUGAAUGGGAUUGAGGGGGUGGGUUUGGGGGGGGGGGGUGUUAUUUUUGGUUUUUGGUUUUGUUUGAUGGGGUGGGGGGGUGGGGGGGGAUUGUGGGGGGGGGUGGGGGUGGGGUGGUGGGGGGGGGGGGGGGUGUUGGGGUGGUGUUGUUGGGGGGGUUGGGGGUUUGUUGGUGUGUUUUUGGUGGGUGGGAUGGGGGGGAGGGUGUGGGGGGGUAGGGGGGUGGGGGGAUUGGGUGGUGGAUAUGUUGGGUUGGUUUUAUGGGGGGUUUGGUUGGAGGGGGGUGGUGUGUAUUGUUUGGGGUGGUGGGUGUGUGGGGGGUUUGAUGUGGGGGGGGGGUGGGGGGGGGUGGUGGUGUUUGUGGUGGUGGGGUGUGGGGGUUGGGGUUGGGGUGAAUGGGGGGGGGUGGGGGGGGGGGGGGGGUGGGGGGGGGUGGGGGGUUUGGUUUGUGGUGGGGGGGGGUGUUGGGUGGGUUUGUGGGGUUGGGGUGGGGGGGGGGGGGGGGGGGUGGGUGGUGUGGGGGGUUGGGGGGUUGGGGGGUUGGGAGGGUGGGUGGGUGGAUUGGUGGUGGUGUGGGUUUGGGGGUGGUGGGUUUUGUGGAUGUGGUGUGGGGGGUGUUGGGGGGGGGUUGGGGGGGGUUUGUUGGGUUUUUGGGGUGGUGGGGUUUUGUUUAUGUGGUGGGGGGGUGGUGUAUUUGGAUGGGUUUGGGGUGAGGUGGUUGUUUUGGGGGGGGGGGGGGGGGGUGGAGUGUGGGGGGUGUGGGGGUGGAUUGUAAUGGGGGUAUGUAGGUUUGGUGGGGUGUGGGGGGGGGGGUGGGGUUGGGGGGGGGUUGAGGGGGUGGGUGUUGUGGUUGGGGGGGGGGGGUGGGGGUUUGUGGGGUGGUGGGUGGGGGGGGGGGGUUUGGUUUUUGUUUAUAAUGUGGGUUUGGGGGUGGUGGGGUGUGGUAGUGGGGGGGGGGGGUGGUGUGGGGGGUGGGGGGGGGGGGGGGUGUGGGGGGGGUAUGUGUGGGGUUGGUGGGGGUUGGGUUUUGGGUGGGGGGGGGGGGUGUUGGGGGUUUGGGGGUGGGGGGGGUGGGGGGGGGGGGGGGGGGGGUUGGGGGGUUGGGGGGUGUUUGUUGUGGGGGGGUGUUGGUUGGGGGUUGGGUUGGGGGGGGGGUUUGUUGGGGGUGUUGGGGGGUGGUUUUGUUGGGUGGGGGGGAUGGGGGGGUGUGUGUGGAGUAAUGAGGAGGGGGUGGGGUGGAUGGGUGGUAUGGGGUGGUAUGUGGGGUGUGGUGGUUUAUUGGGGGGGGGGGUGGGGUUGUUGUGGUUGGUGUUGGGGGGGGUGGUUGUUUGUGGUAUUGGUUUGUUGGGGUGGGGUAGGGGGAGGGGGGUUGUGGUGGGGGUGUGGGGGGGGGUAGUGGGGGGGGGUUGUGGGUGGGGUUUGUGGGGGGGUUGGGGGUUGAUGGGUGGGGGGUUUGGGGGGGGGUUUGGGGGGGGGGGUUGGGUGUUGGGGUUGGGUGUGGAUUGUUGGAAUGGUGGUGAGGGGGGGGGGGGGGUUUGGUGGUUUUGUGGGUUGGUGGGGUGUUGGUGGGGGGGUGGGGGGGGGGGGGGGGGUGUUUGGUGGUGGGUAUGGUUUAUGGUGAUGGGGAGGGAGUUGGGAUGGGUUUUGAUUGGGGGUGGGAGGGGGGGGGGGGUGAGGGGGGGUAGAUGGGGGGGGAUGAGAUGUGGAUAG